UGCUUACCUAUGAAACUCACUUUGACCUCUGAGAAUUUUUUGAAAGUCUAUAGACAACAGAUCUUAUGGAAAGAGGAGCAGAAGAAAAGACAGUGGCAUUGAGAUACUUUUGCGGAGAUGUUGUGCCGUUUGCUGCGAUGGUCUCAGUGGAGUGUGUCACAGUUGGAUCUAACACACUUUUCAAGGCUGCAACCUUAAGAGGAUUGAGCUUUUAUGUCUAUAUCUUCUACUCUUAUGUUGUUGCUACAAUUGUUCUUCUUCCUCUUUCCCUCAUCUUUGGAAGGUCAAGAAGACUACCUUCAGCCAAAUUUCCUGUCUUCGUCAAGAUUUUCUUUCUUGCGAUUCUCGGGCUCAUGUCGGGGUUAGUUGGAUUGAAAGGAGUGGAAUAUAGUUCUCCUACUCUUUCCUCUGCUAUCAGCAACCUCACGCCAGCUUUUACCUUCACGCUCGCCAUUAUCUUCAGGAUUGAACAAGUAAGGUUAAGAAGCUCUGCGACUCAGGCUAAAAUCAUUGGCACGAUAGUAUCUAUAUCUGGUGCUCUGGUUGUUGUGCUCUAUAAAGGCCAUAAAGUUCUCACUGCUGCACCUUCGCCAUCUAACAUUUCGCUUGACCAGCAUUUGACUUCGUCCAAUUCAAGUUGGAUGAUCGGAGGCCUUUUGCUUGCUUCACAGUAUUUUUUUAUAUCAGUCUGGUAUAUUGUUCAGACUAAGGUCAUGGAAGCAUACCCUGAAGAAAUAACAGUAAUCUUCUUCUACAACUUAUUUGCAACGCUAAUCUCAGCACCAGUUUGUUUCUUUGCGGAAAGAAACUUGACAUCUUGGGUGCUUAAACCGGAUAUUUCCCUCGCUGCAAUCAUAUACUCGGGAGUCUUGCUUUCAUCAUUUGGCUUAGCUAUGCACACAUGGGGUCUGCAUCUGAAGGGUCCAGUCUAUAUAUCAUUGUUCAAACCAUUGUCUAUAGUCAUUGCAGUCAUCUUGGGUGCUAUAUUCCUCGGCGAUGCACUUUACCUUGGGAGUGUCAUCGGGUCUGUGAUUUUGAGCUUAGGAUUCUACACUGUGAUUUGGGGAAAAGCAAGAGAGGAUGCAACCAAAACUGUGACUGGUUCUGAACAGUCACCUUUGUUACUUACACACGUUGUAGAAGAUGAAGCCUUGUCAUUAAGAUAAGAUUGAUGCAAGUGAAAUCAUUGUACUGUUGGUUUAUCAAUAACGAUCCUUUAAAAUAUGGUCUUUGUUUAUGUUUAUAUGUCUCUAUAUUUUACCUACAGUAUAAGAUGUAAUUCUGUUAUUUUUUUCUAGUAUCGU